AUGGAGAGUCUCAUGCAAAAUGGUGUUAAUCUCUCUGACAGAGCAAGAACGCUUCAUGGUAGUAUGACGGCCGGAGGCUCGAGUGCGCUAUUCACGCAGCUCGAAUUGAAAGAUAUAUCGAAUAGCUCAUCGCUGACCGAUCUCAUGUCGAUUGUACAAGAACUUUUGGACAAAAACCUCUUAAAACUUAUAAAGCAGAACAGUGAAUUAAAGUUUCAGGCAGUCGACUUUGCUGAAGCGCAAAAGAAGGCAGCAAUGACCGCUGAUGAGGCUUUGGUAUACUCGUACAUCGAGGCCAGCGGGAGAGAAGGCAUAUGGACGAAGACCAUAAAGGCUAGAACAAAUCUCCAUACUCAUGUGGUGCUGAAGUGUUUGAAGUCUUUAGAAUCUCAGCGUUAUGUUAAGAGCGUUAAGAGCGUAAAGUUUCCUACGCGCAAGAUUUACAUGCUGUACAACUUACAGCCUUCAAUCGAGGUUACUGGUGGCCCAUGGUUUACUGACAGUGAGUUGGAUGUUGAGUUUAUCAACAGCCUGCUUACCAUUGUCUGGCGUUUCGUCGCCGAACGAACUUACCCUGGUGGUUUCAACAAUUUUACGGGGGGUAAGGAGGUUCUUUAUACAUCUCAUGUGAACAACUAUGCUUCAACAGAAGAUAUUCUGGAGUUUAUAAUCGGAGCAAAAGUUGCGAAUGUAGAGCUGGCAACUUCAGAUAUUAGAUCAUUGUGCCAGGUCUUAGUUUAUGAUGACAAGCUAGAGAAGGUUUCGUUUGAUUGCUAUAAAGUUUCUUUGCAAAGCAUAUUAGAAUUGACACAGCCAGAGCAAACUUCCGACGCAGCUAUACAAGAUAGCUUUUCGAUCUUCAAAUGUCGUAACGUCAUAGCGCCUUCUAGCAAAGAUAGUGAAGCUAUAUAUCUGGAUGAGUGGACUCUCUGA